AAAGCAAGAGUUUAAAGUACAACAGGAGAAGAGAGCCUACUGAACUUUAGACAUGAGGGACCCAGGGAGGAAGAGCCUGGCCCAACUAGAGAAUCUGUGCAAACAGCUGUAUGAAACAACAGAUACAACCACUCGACUCCAGGCAGAGAAAGCCUUGGUUGAAUUCACCAACAGCCCCGAUUGCCUGAGCAAGUGCCAGCUACUCCUUGAAAGAGGAAGUUCAUCUUACUCCCAGUUACUGGCAGCUACAUGCCUUACAAAGCUUGUAUCACGCACAAACAACCCUCUACCAUUGGAACAACGAAUAGAUAUUCGGAACUAUGUGCUCAACUACCUUGCCACUCGGCCAAAGUUGGCUACUUUCGUAACACAAGCACUUAUUCAGUUAUAUGCCAGAAUCACAAAACUGGGCUGGUUUGACUGUCAGAAGGAUGACUAUGUCUUCAGAAAUGCAAUCACAGAUGUCACAAGGUUUUUACAGGAUAGUGUUGAAUACUGCAUCAUUGGCGUCACAAUUUUAUCUCAGCUAACCAAUGAAAUUAAUCAAGUAAGUGCUACAGCCUUCCUCAUUGAAGCAGACACCACGCAUCCUUUAACCAAGCACAGAAAAAUAGCCUCUUCUUUCCGAGAUUCAUCGUUAUUUGAUAUCUUCACGCUUUCCUGCAAUUUACUAAAACAGGCUUCAGGAAAGAAUCUCAACUUGAAUGAUGAAAGUCAGCAUGGUUUGCUCAUGCAACUGCUCAAACUCACUCAUAACUGCCUAAACUUUGAUUUCAUCGGCACUUCUACUGAUGAGUCCUCAGAUGACCUGUGCACAGUACAGAUUCCCACCAGCUGGAGAUCAGCAUUCUUAGAUUCUUCAACUCUGCAGCUGUUUUUUGACCUGUAUCAUUCCAUCCCUCCUUCAUUUUCACCUCUGGUAUUGUCCUGCUUAGUACAGAUCGCCUCCGUCAGAAGAUCCCUGUUUAACAAUGCAGAGAGGGCCAAGUUUCUCUCUCACCUUGUCGAUGGUGUUAAACGAAUACUGGAAAAUCCACAGAGUUUAUCAGACCCAAACAAUUACCAUGAGUUUUGUAGACUACUGGCCCGACUGAAGAGUAACUAUCAACUGGGAGAAUUAGUAAAGGUGGAAAACUACCCUGAGGUCAUCCGAUUGAUAGCUAACUUCACAGUGACCAGCCUACAGCACUGGGAAUUUGCCCCAAAUAGUGUGCAUUAUCUCUUGAGCCUAUGGCAGCGGCUGGCAGCCUCUGUGCCAUAUGUGAAAGCCACGGAGCCCCACAUGCUGGAAACUUAUACUCCUGAGGUCACCAAAGCUUACAUCACAUCCCGUUUGGAAUCUGUGCACAUCAUACUGAGAGAUGGACUGGAAGAUCCUCUGGAGGAUACAGGUCUGGUCCAGCAGCAGUUGGACCAGCUGUCUACAAUCGGGCGCUGUGAAUACGAGAAGACGUGUGCGCUCCUCGUGCAAUUAUUUGACCAGUCUGCCCAGUCCUAUCAGGAGCUGCUGCAGAGUGCCAGUGCAAGCCCCAUGGAUAUUGCAGUGCAGGAGGGAAGGCUGACAUGGCUGGUUUACAUCAUUGGUGCAGUGAUUGGUGGCCGUGUCUCUUUUGCCAGCACUGAUGAGCAGGAUGCUAUGGAUGGCGAGCUUGUCUGUCGGGUGCUCCAGCUCAUGAACCUAACAGAUUCUCGCUUGGCUCAGGCGGGUAACGAGAAGUUAGAAUUGGCCAUGCUGAGCUUUUUUGAACAGUUUCGUAAGAUCUACAUUGGGGACCAGGUGCAAAAAUCCUCUAAGCUGUAUCGCCGACUCUCAGAAGUUCUGGGCUUGAAUGAUGAGACCAUGGUCCUAAGUGUCUUCAUAGGAAAAAUCAUCACCAACCUGAAGUACUGGGGCCGCUGUGAACCAAUCACCUCCAAGACACUACAGCUUCUCAAUGACCUCUCCAUUGGGUACAGUAGUGUAAGGAAACUAGUGAAGCUUAGUGCCGUGCAGUUCAUGCUGAACAAUCACACGAGCGAGCACUUUUCAUUUUUGGGUAUAAACAAUCAGUCCAACCUGACAGACAUGCGGUGUCGGACUACCUUCUACACGGCACUUGGGCGUCUCCUCAUGGUGGAUUUAGGAGAGGAUGAAGAUCAGUAUGAGCAAUUCAUGCUACCACUCACAGCAGCGUUUGAGGCUGUGGCCCAGAUGUUUAGCACUAAUAGUUUCAACGAGCAAGAGGCAAAGCGAACUCUAGUUGGCCUAGUAAGAGACCUGAGAGGGAUAGCUUUCGCCUUCAAUGCCAAGACCAGCUUCAUGAUGCUGUUUGAAUGGAUAUAUCCAUCCUACAUGCCAAUUCUCCAGCGGGCAAUUGAGCUAUGGUACCAUGAUCCAGCCUGUACCACACCUGUGCUCAAGCUGAUGGCUGAAUUAGUUCAUAACAGAUCCCAGCGACUCCAGUUUGAUGUUUCUUCCCCCAAUGGCAUCUUACUCUUCAGAGAAACCAGCAAGAUGAUAACAAUGUAUGGCAAUCGCAUCCUGACACUAGGAGAGGUCCCAAAGGAUCAGGUGUAUGCACUGAAGCUCAAGGGCAUCUCCAUCUGCUUCUCCAUGCUAAAGGCUGCUCUCAGUGGGAGUUAUGUCAAUUUUGGAGUCUUCCGUCUCUAUGGAGACGAUGCCCUGGACAAUGCUCUACAGACCUUCAUCAAGCUGCUCCUCUCUAUUCCCCACAGUGAUCUCCUGGAUUACCCCAAGCUCAGCCAGUCUUAUUAUUCACUACUGGAAGUCCUGACCCAGGACCACAUGAACUUUAUUGCAAGCCUGGAACCUCAUGUCAUCAUGUAUAUUCUCUCUUCCAUUUCUGAAGGACUUACUGCACUUGAUACCAUGGUGUGCACAGGCUGCUGCUCCUGCCUGGACCACAUUGUGACGUAUCUCUUCAAGCAGCUGUCACGUAGCACCAAGAAGAGGACGACGCCCCUGAACCAGGAGAGUGACCGCUUUCUGCAUAUUAUGCAGCAGCAUCCAGAGAUGAUCCAGCAGAUGCUGUCAACGGUGCUGAACAUCAUCAUCUUUGAAGACUGUAGGAACCAGUGGUCUAUGUCCCGACCCCUACUUGGCUUGAUACUACUUAAUGAGAAGUAUUUUUCUGACCUAAGGAACAGUAUCGUGAACAGCCAGCCACCAGAGAAGCAGCAGGCUAUGCAUCUGUGUUUCGAAAACCUGAUGGAAGGCAUUGAGCGAAAUCUUCUUACGAAAAACAGAGACAGGUUCACCCAGAACCUGUCUGCAUUCCGUCGAGAAGUCAACGACUCGAUGAAGAAUUCCACUUAUGGCGUGAAUAGCAAUGAUAUGAUGAGCUGACACCUCCUUGGACCCUACCUGUACAGAGCAGCGUCCCUUUGGUCUGGCCCAGAGGGGCGAGCAAUUACAAGGGAGAGGGCCUGGCUGAUCCUGGCUCCGUCUCCAGGGGUGUGGGGAAAAUGGCAAUGGUCAACUAGCUACUUCCCCAGGGAAUAGGGGUGUGAGUGCACUCACUAGGGGGCAGGGCGCUGCUGGUUCUUGGGGGAUUGGGUAGGAAGGGUGGUGGGAGGAGAUAGAGACACAAAUGUGUGAGACUCCAGCCCCCUCCUCCUGGGGCCACCCAAGGGGGGAGAACCCCCAGUGUCCUGCCACAACCUGCCUUGUAUAAACAUGUACAUUUUUUCAUAACAUUUUGAACAAGGUUUAUAUUGACUCAAGUUUAAAAACAAAAAGUGUGACUGAAAAAUUUUUACAGAGUCUAGUGCACCAAUGCUGACGUGAGGGGUUGUGUAUGCGAGUGAGGAAAAAAUGUGUAUUAUGGUGGCCUGAAGCUUUACUGGACAAGGAUGUGUGAACGUGCAGAGAUAUAUUUAGUGACACAGUGUAGAGAGGCAAAAAAAA